AUGCCGAAUAAAAGAGAUUCCCCUCUAUCUGCAAAUGGAGAUGAGGAGCUGCACCUCACUGGGAACAGCGACAGUGAAUCGAACAACGAAAGCGAUUACAAUACACGUUAUGAAAACCGACAACUGGGAGUAACUGUUUCGAGCAUAAUUGAUAGAUUACGAAUAGGGUCGGAAUGGUAUCGGGGAGAAAUAAUAUAAUUAUGCCACAAUAUCUACAUAAAUAACAUGGUGAUUUUUUUUUAUUUACUGUAACUUUGUCAUUGGUCUCCCUAGGGAUACUGUGGAGUCACUUGUAACUAGUCGUCAGAAUUUGACGAGGAAAGAAUUUAAACAUAUUCUAGAAUCAGAAGCACAUCCUUGCAAACGUUUUUUAGACAAGCCAGUGGAUCAUGGCUUGUAA